GAGCCUCUGAGGGCACUGUAGAGAGUGACGUAGCCCUGCAUUGGAAACAUGGCUGCAGAUUUCCUCGCUGAGGAGGAGGAGGAGAAUAUUCUGUAUGAUUUGCUGGUUAAUACGGAGUGGCCGGCGGAGACGGACACGCAGGUGCGAGGAUUUAAGGAGUACAGCUCCUCUGCUGUCGCUAAAGCUGUGACAGGACCGUUUCGCUUUAUUUUGCACUACCUUUGGUACAGCCCCUCAAGUUCUUCCCUGCCCCCCGGAUUGGUGCGCCUCGCAGCAAAGCAAAUCAACUGGCAACUGGUGCUAGCAAGUAAUGGGAAGCUCCUGGCCGUGGUUCAGGAUCAGUGUGUGGAAAUUAGGUCGGCCAGAGAUGACUUUGGAUCUGUCAUUGGAAAAUGCCAAGUUCCCAAAGACCCGUCUCCUCAAUGGCGGAAAGUGGCUUGGAGCCACGACUGUACCCUUCUGGCCUACGCAGACAGCACUGGCACUGUGCGAGUCUUUGACCUGAUGGGCGGUGAGCUUUUCAUCAUUCCUCCGGCUGUGAGUUUCCCUGGUGAUUACAGCUAUGCUGCUGCUGGAUUGAUCUUCCUGGAGUACACCGCCAGCGCCCAGUGGUCAGCUGAGCUGCUGGUUAUCACCUAUGGGGGCCAGCUCAAGAGCUACCUGGUCAGCAUGGGAACCAAUCAGGGCUUCCACGAGAGUCACACCUUCAGCUUUUCCACUCAUUAUUUUAAUGGAGUGACUGCGGCAAUCUACCAUCCAGGCCACAGGUUGCUGCUGGUGGGCGGUUGUGAAUCAGGUGACAGAAACUCAUCCAGAGCCUCUCGCUGUGGCAUCACUGCCUGGAGGGCGUUAUCUGGGUCACCUUACUAUAAACAAGUGACCAGUUAUGAAGAUGAUGUCUGUGCGUCCCAGAGGAGAGGUCUGUUCAAAAUGCCCAGUUUUAGACUCUUUUCCAGGCAAAACAACGAGCAGGAUGGCGUGUUUAGGAUGAGCGUUUCUCCUGACGGUUUAACGCUGGCUGUAAUCCACUUCUCGGGCACGCUCAGUCUGUGGGACGUUCCAUCGCUCAAACAGAGGAGCAGCUGGGUGCAGGAGGAGCAGCCUGGAUAUGAGGAGAUCAACCCAGAGUGGAAGACUUCACUGGAGAAAAGAAAGAAAAUAAAAGAUAAGGAGCAGUAUCAGUGUCUGAUGGAUGUGGGGUGGUGGAGUGAUCAGGCUCUGAUCCUGGCUCGCUGUUCCGGCUCUCUCACCGUCUCCUCCGUGCGCUCUCUCUCUAACUUGCUGGGGAAAUCCUGUGAGUGGUUUGAACCCUCUCCCCGGGUCACUUCUGCGCAUGACGGGGGCUUCCUCAGCCUUGAGUGUGAGAUUAAACUGGCUCAGAAGCGCUCCCGUGUGGAGAGUAGUGGCACCAGUGAAGAAGGUGAUGAUGGUGAGGAAGACUCUGACUCUGAUGAAGAGGGCUCUGCUAAGGCUCGGUAUUUUGGCUAUGUAAAGCAGGGCCUGUACUACGUGACCGAGAUGGAACGCUUUGCACCACCGAGGAAGCGUCCUCGCACCGUCACCAAAAACUACCGCCUGGUCAGCUUGAGGUCCACCACACCCGAGGAACUCUACCAGAGAAAGAUUGAUAAUGAAGAAUAUGGUGAAGCUCUAUCUCUGGCUCAUGUUUAUGGACUGGACUCUGACUUGGUCUAUCAGAGACAGUGGAGGAAGUCUUCUGUCAGCAUCGCAUCUAUUCAGGACUACUUGAGUAAGAUAAAGAAGCGUUCCUGGGUUUUGCAUGAAUGUGUUGAGAGGGUCCCUGAGAAUGUGGACGCUGCCAAAGAGCUACUGCAGUAUGGCCUAAAGGGAACAGACCUGGAGGCCCUUAUCGCCAUCGGGAAUGGAGAGGAUGGAGGCAGGUUCAUCUUACCGGGUGACAUCGACAUCGAUGACUCCUCUUACGAAGAUUUCCAGUCAGUGGAGGAGGAGAUGGAGCGAAAGAAAGAGAGAGAGACGAAGAAGAGACAAGAGCUGCUUAAGAAAGUGGACUUCAGCAAGUUGACUCUGGAGCAGAAGGAGCUGUGUAGAAGCAGACUGAAGCUGCUCUGCUAUCUGGACCGCCUGGCCACGUACGAGGAGAUUCUGGGAGGACCCCAUGCUGCAGAGCAGAGAUAUGACUCUGAGUUUUUCAAGAAGUUCCGCAAUCAGAAUAUAGUCUUGUCAGCAAGAACUUACGCCAGGGAGAGUAACGUGCAGGCUCUUGACAUUCUCUUCACCUAUCACGGAGCUGAGCUGCUCCAGCAUCGUCUCGCCAUACUGUGCAAUUUCCCAGAAACCACCUCUCCCCACGAGUACACUGUGCUGCUUCCUGAGGCCUGCAUGGAUGAUAAGUCGAAUCUGGUGUCCAUUCCAUGGGAUGAGCAGAGGCACAGAGACAUGGACUGGUGUGAAGAUCCUCAGUGCAGGGCGAUGGUGGAACCGUCUAUGGUGGAUGAUCACUUCCUUUAUGAGGAGCAGCCAGAGCUGAAACGAUUCUGCACAGUCGACCCACCUAUCUCUCUCCUCACUGACUGGUACCUGACCAGAGCACAAGAGAUUGAGCACAACUCUCGUCAGGUGGACUGUGCGCUGUCUCUGGUGCGUCUGGGGAAGGAGCGGGAGAUCCCUGGGCUGGAGUUGCUUUGUGACGACCUGGUUACCAUGGAGACACUGGUGUAUGAGGCGUGCGAGAUGAGCCUCAGUCUGAGGGAGCUGCAGCAGCUCCGAGACAUCGACAAGCUCCGCCUCCUCAUGAAGAAUUCGAGUGAGGAGUGUUAUGUGAAGAAUGUUCUGCAGUGGAUGGUUCCCUUCCUCCACCGCUGUGAGGGUCAGAAAGGGGGGACAGCCACAGCCCUUCUCCGAGACUACCUGGUGUCCCUCGCCCGCGAGGACCUCUCACUGCCACUCAAAAUCUUCCAGCACUCCAAACCAGGCUGUCAGCAGAAGAUCGUUGCUGAUCCAGAUGAGCUGAUGUCUGUGGCACUGGAGUGUAUCUACAGCUGUGAACGAGAUGACCAGCUUGCUCUGAGCUAUGACAUACUGGAGUGUCUGCCUCAAAGAGGAUACGGGACCGAGACGAAGGCCACGAAAGCUCUGCAUGACCAAGUGGACUCUCUGGAGAAGCAUCUCAGUGUUGCGGAGGUGUUGGAGAAGCAUGGUCUGCAGAAGCCCAUUUCAUACGUGAGGAGCAGUCAGAGCAGUAAGGAGGAGGCUUACCAGCUGAUGGUCAAGCUCACUCGCCACACUGGACGCAAGAACCCACCGGUCAGCGAGAGCGUGUGGAGGGACUUACUGCAGGAUCUACUGGACAUGCAGCAGAACGUCUACUCCUGCCUGGAACCUGCUACAUGCCAUCAGGUGUUUGUGGAGAGUCUGUUGUGCUCUGGUCGUGAGGAGAAUGUGAAGCUGGCGGGUCAGCUGAUGCAGCGGAGCUCCAUGUCUCAAGACGUUCCCGGCAGCACUGCGUUUAGGGGCAAAGCUCCUCCUCGUGUGGCGUAUGCCCGCAGUGUGGAGUUGGUGCUAGCCUCUGCCCGUGAAUACUUCAACUCCUCAGCCACUCUUAACGACCCCUGCAUCAACCUGGCACGGUCAUGUCUGCAGUUGAUCACUGAUUGCCCUCCUCCAAUCCAAGAAGAGCUGGACCUCAUCAGUGCUCUCUCACAACUGGAACACUUUGGAGUUAAAGUCCUGCCUUUACAAGUGCGUCUGCGUGAUGACUGCCUCUCGCUGAUAAAGGAGUGUAUCUCGCAGUGUCCCACAGCCUACAAACAGUCCACUCUGCUGCUGGAGCUGGCCAGGCUACUGCGAGUAGCAGGUGAUGAUGAGGCCCGGCGAAAGGGCCAGGUUCUAACUCUGUUGGCUGAGCAGGCUCUGCAGUGUCACGACUAUAAAGCCUCCUACAUCCACUGCCAGGACCUGAUGGCUGCAGGCUACAGUGAAGGUUGGGAUGUGUGUGCUCAGCUGGGUCAGUGCGAGACUUACGCCCAACUGUCGUCCCGCCAGGAGCUGAUGGCCUUCGCUCUGACACACUGCCCUCCUGCCAACAUCCAGAACCUCCUGGCGGCCUCCAGCUCUCUGCAGACACAGAUUCUCUACCAGGCAGUGAAUUACAAGAUCGACCCCUCUCAAGCCAAGGCAGAGGGAGAAGAUACGGAUCAGGCUGCUGUCUCUGUCAGUGUUAGUGGAGGGUCUCUGGGAGGUGCUCAGCCUGCAGCUCUGCUUCAGAGGACCACUGCUCGCACCAUGGAGGUCUUGACCAGCACCACACUGACCACUAAGGCUGUUCUCACUGCUGUCAGUGACUCACACUGGUGGAAGGAGUCUAUUAACUACCUCCGCCCACUGCAUGGUCAGGAGUCGGAUUCUCACCGCACCGGGGCGGCUGGAGAGAACGCUGCUGUGGAGAAACAGGGAUGCAGCCCUUUCUAUGAGGAGUUGCUGGAGGAUCCCUACGUCAGUCCAAUGGAGGAUGUCUACUCCACGUAUGAUUACGUCCCACAGGAAGGCUUUGCAGAAGUCCUGCUCCGCACUGGCAAGCUUGCCGAGACUAAGAGCGAGGGCCAGCAUCUCUUCCCUGCAACAGAAGUUCUGCUCCAGCUGGCGAGCGAUGCUUUUCCCCGGGACAUGACGCUGGCUCUGGCCUAUUUGCUCGCUCUUCCUCAGGUGCUGGAUGCUAACUCGUGUUUUGAGAAGCAGCCCCCCUCAGCCCUGUCUCUCCAGCUCGCUGCCUAUUACUACUCUCUCCAGAUUUACUCUCGACUAGCCCCCUGCUUUAAGGACAAGUGCAGCGCUCUCUACAGGGCUGAUCCGAAGGAGCUGAUUCAUCUGGUGACCAAGCACGUGACUGACCAUGAAGGUCAUGAUUGGGCUGAUGAGGAGCUGAAGGCUCUGAUUGGUCAGCUGCGUCUGUACAGUGAGCGGCUGACUGAUUUUACUCAGGCUCAGGUGCUUCGGGGCCUCGGGCGGGGAGUGGACGUUCAACGCUUCAGCAGCGACAACCAGUACAAGAAGGAGACCAUACUCGGCUUAGCAGAGACGUUAGAUGAGAGUGUGUAUGGGAUAUCUCGCUCUCUGGCCCAGCGCUACACUAUUCCUCUCUGGGAGGUUCAGAUGACACACCUAGAGUUCCUCUUCACUGACAGCGGCCUCUCCACCAAGGACAUAGAGAGUCAGAGCGAGUCUCUGAGUCUUUUCCACACUCUAAAGACCAAUCCUGAGUCCUUCUACAGCCACAUGAGCAAGUAUGUGUACCCAAGCAUCGCGGGCACAGACCUGCAGAGGCUGCUCUACUACUACACCCUUCUGGACAACUGCUCCUGCAACGACUACCUCCCUCCGUCCGCCAUGACUCUUGAUACACACGUCAAACUGCUUAAGAAACUCAAGGCUGUGGCCAAUGGGCUGGAUUAUAAGAAGCUAACAGACGAGGACUCUGACCCUCUGAAGGCUCUGGAGCCAGUGCUGACCAGCCAGAAUGUUCUGUCAAUCUCCAAACUGGCUGCACGGAUCCCUCUGAAGGCUGAUGAGGCUCUCACUGCGAGUGCUGUCCACUCCACAUGGCUACAUAAGCUUUUCUGGGAGGGGGAUGCCCACGUCCUCAAGAGAUCACCCCAAACUGACCAGGAAUACCUCCAUGCUUACGACACCUGCGCCAAGUACUUCGACAGGCUGCUGCCUUCAGAUGCUGUGAAGUUCCUGGAUGCCAUCACCUUUUCCCCGGAAGCAGCCUGUCAUCUGUCUGUUGAGACCAGAACAGAGAUCUGUAGUCGAGCGCUGAAGGCUCUGAAGGCCAUCAGUGAGAAGAGCAAGAAGAGGAGCGGAGAUGAUGGAACAAUUGAAAGCUCCACUUUCAGCUUUAACCACGCCCUCACCCACCUGCAGCAGUCCCUCAACCAUCUGGAGACACUAGGCCACGCCUUCCCCCUUUCACUCAGAAACAGCCAAGAGAAGCGUCUGCAGGAGUAUGGCAGACAGUAUGAUCUCUCCAGGUCAGACAGGGGGAAAGUGCAGCAGUUGGCUGUCACCAUGUCGCUGGAUGGUCAACCACUGGAGCGAAUUGAGCAGCUGCUGGGGGCCGCGGUACACCUGAGUGACCUGCAGCCGCGAGGUGUAGUGCAGGAGGCAGUGCAGAGAAUCAUAUCAUCACUCAGUGGUGAUGAAGACAUCCUAAAGGAUUAUUCAGACCCUAUGAAAGUGCUGGAAGGCAUAGUGGAAGCGGUACAGGACGACGUGCAGAAAGGGGGAAGUGCGGUGUCGUCUGAGGACCUGUUGGCAUGGUUACGGCCGUUCUGCGGGGACGACUCGAAGCCUGUGAGGCUUCGCAUCGAGGUUCUGCAGAUCCUGGAACAUUCUUUCCACCUCAGUGACGAGGACAUCCGCCUGCUGGUGUUCUUCAGGAGCCAGGCAGUGCUUAAAGCCUGCUGGCCAAACCGAGAGUGUGAGAUGAAGGAUAUUGAGAACGAGGAGAAGCGCUACUCUCUCUUCUUGGAGCUUCUGGAGUCUAGUAGAAAGUGGGAGGAGUUUCAGCACCUCAUGCUUCUCUUACAAGCAUGGCCUCCAACGACCAACAAGAGCAGGUUGGAGAGUGAGCAGAACCCGUGGGUGGGUCUGACAGCAGCGCUGCUCACACACGGCACAGCACCGGCAGGGGUCAGCGUGGGGGGAGAGGUGGUGGCCAUGUGCCGCUCGCUCUACACUACCAAGCACAAACUCAGUCCACAGUGUAUUGGUCAUAUCUCGUCUCUGCUGUUGAGUGCUGGGCUGAAGCUGGCUGCUCUGAAACUGAUGGCCGAAAGCAGAGAUGAGCAGCUCCUCAAACUGACCCUGGAUCAGAUCAAAGGCAUCUCUGAAAUAAGUGACGAGGUGUGUGAUUCGGAGCUUCUGUCUCUGCUUCUGGAUGCUCGUCUGCUGGUCAGUUGCGUGGACUCUGCUCUGUACCCGGCGAUGGUCUCUCACAUGCUGAGCGAGGGCCGCUGGGACGUGGAGGAGGCCGCCGCAGCGCUGCAACAGGCUGGACACAACACUCAGGCUGGAGCUUUGCUGCUCGCCCACCGGGGAACUCACCCCGCUCUGAGCACCUUCAACACCGCCCUCAAAGUCAUCCGGAAGUGGCUGUGAGGAGAACUUGUGUCUGUUCACCUCAGUUUAUAGACAGUCCACAUUGUGCCCUUCUAAGUUGCAUCAAAUUCUUAUUGGUAACACUUUACAGUAAGGGUACAUUAAUUUACAGUACUUACGACCGAAUAACUCAACUAAUUAUUAGUUCACACAUUUUAGACCGUAGUUAAGAAUUUAGUGACCAUCACAAUUUUUUUUAACUAAUGUCUAAAUUUACUGUUAUUUACAAAAUUUGUAAGCAUUAAAAUGUAGUCAUUGUUAAUAAUGUAUUAACUAGUCUCAAUAAAAAAAUAUUUCACCAUUUAACAAUGUUCAUUACUAUCGUAUAUACUGUUAAUUAAAGCACCCUUCUUAAACCCUAUCUGGGUGGGAUUAGGUACUCAGGGGGUCCUGGGAUAAUUUUUUCUUUUAUGUGGGGUCCUCCGUAAUUUUAUUUCCAUCCAGAACGACCGUGUACGUGUUUUUUCUCAGACGUCCUCAGAAAAAAAUUACAGGCUGAAUUAUCUACUGUUUUUCUAUGAACUCCAUGGUCCUCCGGUAAUUUUAUUCCCGUCCGAAACCACAUAUAUGAGUUUAGUCACCUUGCAUUUUAUAAAAAUAGCUAUUUGUCCACUGCCACACACCAUUAUUACACUUUGGGUGUGAGUUUCCACGGAUCCAAGUAAACAGUAGAAAUGGAGAAGCUUCUGAACAUGAUGUCGUGACUGAGAAAGCCAAAAAACUCACUGGUCCUCCUGUAUUUUCUGUUGCAGUCUGAACGCAAGAGUUUUAUCACUGAGCAGAAGUGUGAAAUAUUUUUCACAGACAUCCCCCCUGAGAAACGAAUCCCGCCCAGAAAAGGCUUUAUUCAACCAGAAUCCGUUUGGAAAACAGAUUUUAGUCAGUCAUUCUAAAUCUCAUGAAAUGCAUUUUAGCAGAUACAGUUUAGAAUAACAUUUUCAAUCAAAAUGGCCAAAUGUAACAGGCUGAUAUAGGUUAUGUCCACAUUUAUAUAUUGUAUAACAGUGUGUCAUAAAGCUUCAGAAACCACAUAAGCACGUCUGUUUGGGAUCUCUUAACAACACAUUUCAGUUUGAAGCAUGCAGGUGUUGAUGUCGGCAUGUAGUUUACACCAUUGGCAGAUAUAGGCUUCCAUAACUUUAGCUAAAUUCACAUUAUAGCACUAGUUUUCACAUUUGAAAUGUACAAUUCUUUAAAAUUAAAGAAGCAAGGAGCUCCGAGUGGUCCAGCAGGCUAAGCGCUGAUACUAUAAUUAACAGAUUGUCGGUUCGAAUCCUGCUGAUUUAGCUUGCCAUCGGCUACUGGAGCCCUGAGAGAGCACAAUUGGCCUUGCUCUCUGUGUGGGUAGAUGGCACUCUCUCUCCACAUCACUCCAAAGGGUGAUUUCGAUCAGCACAAGGCGUCUGUGAGCUGAUGUAUCAGAAACGAGUCGCUGCACUUUUCUUCGAGCUAACUGUGAUGAUACUCAGUGACUUCCUGACUUCACAUGGAGGAGGCAUGUGCUAGACUUCACCCUCCUGGUGUGUUGGGGCAUCACUAGUGAUGGGGGAGUUGUAAUGAGUGGGUUGGGUAAAUUGGGGAGAAAAUGCAAAAAAAUUAGAAAUAACAUUGAAUUAAAACAAAUAAAUAAAGAAGCAAACCUUAGACACCUAACAUGUUUGAUUACAUUUAAUUCAGUGUUUCUCAUCCCUGGUCCUGGAGCACUUUGCCCAGCACAUUUAUGCUACAUUCAUAUAUGAUUUUCUCAAUAAAUCCUAGGUCUAUUUUUUAGAGGCUGACAGCUGGGUUUAUCACUUACAUAAACACACCCUUGUUUGUCCAAUUUUCGACCAUUUUAUUUCAAACAUUGAGUGGUUUUUAAAAGACUAAUUACCUCUGUUACCUUUAUCACCUUCCUGUCUCACCACUGAAACCCUGACUCACCGCUGUUGUCCAUUUCCCUUGUAUAAUUUCACGUCUGCUUUCACUUCUCCUCACAGCCAACAGUCAGUUAAUUCAAAUAAUCGUGAAUCUGACAGGCCUUUCAGAAUGGCAGAGUGUGUAAAAGCAGUGAAACUAUUCAAAUGUGCAGAGCAGGGUGAUUGCAGGACGAUGAUUGAGAAACACUGCUUUAAUGCAAUGUGUAUACAUUACAUUCUCACUUUAAGUAAUAAAAUUAGGUCAUAGAACCAGUGCAGAGCUGAGAGCACAUGCAAAGGUUUCAGGGUGAUAAGAUGAUAGUAGUUUUUAUCCUAUUUCUGAUCAGAGACGUGGUCCACAGCACCCCCCUCUCCACCAUUCUCUGUUAAAGCUGUUUGAUGUGGGUAUAAUCACAUUACUCAGGCUGUUUAGUCACACUAGCCCACUUUAACGCUCAUUACUGGGCAGAUCUCUAAUUGAAACGGCACGUGGUCUACAUGUCUCUCAGCCGUAUGUCUUUUUAGUGCCAUGUGUCAAACGUUCCACACGACUUUCUGUUCCCAAUCUGUUCUCAGUUUUGUCCCUGUUGAGUUGGAAACAGAUUAUUAUACCCUCUAGAAAUCAAAUGCCACCCUGUUGCUUUAGGUUUAUUACGUGUGUUGAGAAGCUGGAUGACGAUGAAGGUUAAAUCAUGUUGGGUUAGCUCAUUCCUCUUCCACACCUUGAUCUGUUCAAAUUUAUAGAUGUGUGUUUUAAUGCCGACUGAAUAGAGGAUGGGUUCUGUGUUCCCCUUUCAGGGGCUGUAGCUUUUUAUGUGGUGCAUCAAAUAAAGAUUUUCAAAUUCA